CUAUCAUCACUAACUAAUCAGCUGUUACCCAUCUACAAUUUUGUUAUGAAAUUUAUUUAAGUUUCGCAUUGAAAAUGUUGCGUAUACUAACAAAAACAAGAGCCCUUCGGCAAAUUAUGCCAGCCACAGGCGCUACUUCACCCGUAUCCCGCUUCUAUGCUAAGAAUCAGGGAGCAACCAGUCCAAAAUCGGAUGAAGACAUGAUCAGCAACGAACCCAUAAAAUUCUUCGGUAGCCAGGCGGCCACUUGGCGCGCCAAGGACACCCGGAGUGGCGGAAGUGAUGAGUCCCUGUGGUACCAGCCCUACGUGAUCUCCGCCAGUUUGGCCGUAUUCCUCCUGUACUUUUGUGCACUGCGCGAGGAGAGCGACAUCGAUCUACGGCUGGAGGGCAAUUUGUACGACCAUGUCAGCGGUCUGGAGGAGGUGCAGCUGACGGUAAACUACAAGUACAACAAGGAACAUGGAUUGGACACCAAAGAGCAGGAGACUCGGCUCAGAGAACUAGGAAUAGAUCUGCGCCAGUUGGACGCCAAAUUGGCCGCACAGUAGUCAUAGAAUUGGUUAAUUAUACGUUUUUGUUUCGUUAAGUGAGAAAGUUGGCUUAAAUUAAACAUUUUAGCAACUGAGGGAAGAACAUUUUACAGCUAUUUCGUCUUCUUUGUAAAAAAAAAAGAUUAGAUAAUUUUGAAAACCUGGUCUUUUAAUAAAAUAUAUUCAUAUUA